AUGCUUGUAGGCUCGCGCGACUCGGUUUUGAGCCGCGAUGCGUCGACGGCAUUCGACGGCGUCGUGUCUGGGGUGCCAGGCGCGCUUGCGCGACCUGCACCCUUUGCAGAGUGCGCCGGCGUCCGUGCGUCGUCGUUUGGGCUGUCAUUAUCGUCGAUAAUGACGUCCGGUACCGUACACCAAUAUCCCCUUGCUUUCAGCACUAUAGCCGACGAAGCGUCCUUCGUCAGCUUGCGCGUCGAGCUUGCUCCGCCCCUCUAUCUUCACCCAUACUCGGCACCCCCACUCGUGGAGUCCACCCAGGUCCGGCUUCGCGCCGUGGACCUUCUCGUAUGGCGUUGUGCCUUCAAGCGUGCGCGUUCCGGUCCGAUUCCACAACCAGACGGCAUGUGA